AUGGCGCCGCAAAUCGUCUUCGUCACCGGUAAUGAAAACAAAUUGAAGGAGGUCAAAAUGAUACUCUCACCCAGUGAAGGUGAAGAAGAGAAAUUCACGCUAAUAAACCAAAACAUCGACCUUGACGAGAUGCAGGGUGCCGACCUCGAAUUUAUCGCCCUCAGUAAAUGCAAGCAGGCGGUAGCAGAGCUGCCCAAGGGCCAACCUGUUUUUGUUGAGGACACCGCUCUUUGUUUUGAUGAAUUCAAUGGGUUGCCCGGUGCAUACAUCAAAUGGUUUGUCAAGAGCAUGGGCGUCGACAAAAUCGUACAAAUGCUGGCCGGUUUCUCCAACAAGUCCGCCCAGGCCGUCACUACAAUUGCGUAUGCAGAUUCUGAGGGUCAGUUUCACACAUUUCAGGGUAUUACCAGAGGCAAGAUCGUCAAUCCGCGUGGACCACAGACCUUCGGCUGGGAUUGCAUUUUCCAGCCUGAUGAAGGAAGCGGUGUAACUUACGCAGAAAUGCCCAAGUCUGAGAAAAACAACAUUUCGCAGAGAGGGAGAGCCUUUGCGAAGUUCAAACAGUUUCUAUACGCUCCCAAAUAG